ACCAGCAGCCAUCGCGUAUGAGUCACCCUCAGAAGCAGGACGUACGUAUAAAAGGACACUCUGCCGGUCGGCCGGGCUUCACUUGAGACGAAAUUUCGGGAGGAACGCGAGAGCGACGCUUCUUUGCAGCUCACUGCAUCAACGCGUCGCCCAAGCUACAAGUUGCGCCCCGUCCAGCAGAAGCGGAGGAGUUCCGUGAUCAACGAUCAGUGGAGACAUCACGGGCCUGUCGCACAGGCAUGGCGUCAACAUGGUAUUUCGUCUGCGCCGCACUUGUCACUUGGCUUACCGUCACCAGCGCACAUAAGGAAGGGUCCACCCGGCCGCAAUUUUACCUCGAAGUCGGCGGAGGGCAUGUCACUGCCUCGCUACCCGAGAGAGAGCAGAACUUGUCAGGUGAAAAUCUAUCAACGCCCCACCAAACAAGGCGGCCUGUCGCAGCGGCCGUGAGCGCCGGCUGCCGGAAGCGAAUCAUGUGCGAGGCAGCUCGCAGCCUCACCGACAUGCUUCCCAUUUCCGGUUUCUGGAAGGAAAUCAUCAAGGGAAGGCCGCACCCGAAAAACGCCUACUUCGCCGCCUGGUCCCGAGGCCUUGAGAAGAACGUGUGCGCGCAUCUGUACCCCGACUGUUCGGACAGUGCGCCCGGCCUGGUUCUGCCGCUGGUCAGCGAGGCCGUCGGACCCAAGGGGAUCGUGAGCACAUUCAUCGAACGCCUGAACACCCCCGCCGCAUCACACGUUCCCAGAGAGCCCGGCGCACCGCGACCUUCACUCGUCCUGGAGAAGCUAAGGGAGUACAGGCGACGCAAGGAAUCCGAAGAAUCUCUCACACCGCCCAACUAAUUCAGGACGUUAAAGUACCACGUUGUUAAAAAAAUGCAAGGCCCGAAGAUUGUACA